GUUUCUUUGUAAGGUCAAAAGUCACGUUAUUUUCGUUGUUUUUAAGAAGUCCGUAUAUACUAGGCACACAAAGGAUGCAAAUGCAUUUAGGGAACAAUUACAUACUAGGGUGUGUGCAUUUGAAUAGCUAAAUUCCAACGUAGGACCAUCAUUUAAGAAAUGAUAAAAAUAUACGCGAGCAAUGAGCGUGAAUAUCAUUUAUACAUGACAAUGAUUAAAUUGAUUUUGCUAAGAAAUUGUAAUAUUGUCCAUCCAAUAAAACAUUGAUGUAAAAGUAAGCAUUCUAAUCAAGUUUAGAGAUAUUUGAAAUUCGGCUUUGUUGUUUGAUCAAUCGCACCUGUGAAAUUAAAGAUAUGAAAACGUGGCACAAAARCAGCAGAUGAUUUCUUGUGAUUUUAAAGACAUAAGAAAAUAAGGAAUGGGUGAAAAAAAAAUGAAUGGAAGGAGGUGAAAUUGGGAAAAGGAUGAAAAAGGAAAAAAUGAAAUAAAAGCAAGCGUAGGAAAUAAAUAGGAAAAAAAAAACUCAUCAAAAAAGUGAAUACAAGGUAUAGAAAAAUGAACAAGUUUMAUUGUGAAUAUUGGGAUUCCUGUGUAGAGUCUAUUUUGGUACCCGUUGUCAUGACGAAUGUUCCAAAGAACAAUAACCUCAAAAUGGCUUCUUGACUUCGAAUUGGAACGUGUUUGUAACUUAAAAGCCGUUUAGCGGCUUACCUCGAAUGAUGGCCUUACAAAAGAAGAAGAAAAMGAAUCUGAAAACCMWUCCCUUUGACAUUUACAUCAAAUUGGCRCCGACUUCAGAGAGAUUUUUACUUAAAAAUGUCAACUCGGACAUGAAAGUUCGUGAACUCAAAUGUUACGCAGAACUUGUUGUUGGUAUUCCUAGUAACUUGCAAAGGCUUCAGUAUCUCGAUGAAGGUGAUAUGAUGGACGAUUCAGAUUUAAAAUACAACGAUGUUGUCGCUGGAGCAACAAUAAAUUUAAAAAUUUGGCGAAAUUGGGAAUCUUUAAUAGCUGCCGCGGCUAAGGGUGAUGUCGAAAGUGUUUUCAAACAAGAUAUUGUGAUUUCCAAAGACUGGGAAAAGYUGGAUCCUCUUUUAUAUAAAAGUAAAUUAACUGUAGCUAGCGAUAGAGCGGCAGUGGCUCUAUUCAUAGCGGCUCACCGAGGAAAUUCCCAGUUAAUUCGUWGUUUAAUAGAUAGUGCUAAAGCCAAUGUAAACAUGAAAACUCCAUUUGGGCGCUCGCCAUUACAUGUCGCUGCUUCUCAAGGACAUUCCAUCAGUAUUGAUUUAAUGCUUGAAAAAGGUGCAGCGAUUGAUGAGUCAGAUGCUCAAGGAAAGACUCCAUUGAUGAUUGCAAGCCAGUGUGGUUACAAAGACAGCGAAAGACAUCUAUUUUUAUUCCAAUGGCAGCAAAGAGCAGCCAAGAUUAAGUCAAGAAAGAGGAGUACCUCACUGAUGAUGCAUCAACAGUUUGAUUCUAAUUUUCCCAUUUGGUUCAAAGGGACACAUGCCCAGUUGUAUUAUUGUCAGACCCUUCCGCCGGGUGAGUUCGCAGGUACUGGGCUGAAUGCCCCAAGACGGAAACCUCCAGUUGCACAUCAAGAAUAUUUUGAUGAUGGUUCAGAGUUUGAGCUGCCGCCAAUUGACGAGAGAGGCCGUGUUAGUCAUGUAUCACCUACAUCAAUGCGAAGGAGAUUAUUGGAUGACAGAAGAUUAACAAGCAGUAAAUCUCGUAGUUCUGUAGCAAGCUCAAGGUCUUCGAAUUUUGACGACUGGUUACAAGCCAAGAAUCAACAAAAGAAAAAAGAGCAACAACGGAAACGUGAAGAGCAAGCAAGAAAAGAAAUGGAAAAUGAGAUGAAGAGGAGAGGUGGAACAGGAAAAAGCUUUGAGGACUGGAAACAAUCCAAGCAAAAGAACAAACUUUCACCUAUUCAGACUGACAUUCGCAAGGAUGUWUCACUCUAUCAGGAUGAGARYGAUGAUAGGACUCUAGAGAUGACMUUUCAACAAUGGCUGAGACUGAAGUGCGAAGGAAGGAAUGAAUAUAGCGAYACUUACAUUUAUGGAUAACAUAUGGAUCAAUUUCCCAAUAUAUAUCCUMAGCUUGCCCAAUGUCAUGGAAUCCAGAUUAUGGAUUCUAACAAAAUUGUGGCUGUGGAAUCCAGACAUUUGGAAUCUAGAAUCCACAUCAAUAGAAACAGAAUCUGAUAAAAUGAGAGCUGUAUUCAGGAAUCCCAAAAAUUAAUGGUUGUCUAAUUGCAAUAAGUAUUACCUUACUAGUGGACUAUUGCAAAUCYUUCGUUCUGGUUGGCUACGCUACACGGGGUCUAUUUUCAAUAGUCCUCGACUAGUGAAAAGCGACAACUUUUUGUGUGUUUUUAGCAUUAAAAACAUUUAGUUAUUUAUAUAUUUCAUUCAUUUUUUUGUCCAACUAGUAUGGUAAUACUAAAACAAUUAGAUCUCUUGGCCUCGUGGACUACGAACUGAUGCUUUGUGAAAGUUAUUCAUGGAGUCCGUAAACCUUCAGCUCUCUGGAUUCCUUGUCAUAGGGUAUUCUCAGCCCAUAGGCAACUUUCUUUUUUUGUUUCUCUCAGUUUGGGUUCCCUGUGUCAAAGCAAGUGAUGGUUGGGCUCCAGGGAUCUCAAAGAGAGAAUAAGUAGGUGGUUGCCUGUGAGUGAGCUAGCCUCCAUAAGCAAACGUUCUUAGUGGUUCAAUUCUCUAACUAUAAGAAUGUCUGCUUAAGGAGGCUACAAGUGAGCCUUGUCCAAUUGUAUUAUAUAUUUAUUUUUUUAGGA